AUGGCUGACCGAGGCGGUGCCCGAGGUGGUGGUUUCGGUUCACGAGGUGACCGAGGCGGCGAUCGUGGCCGUGGUCGUGGACGAGGCCGAGGCCGUCGUGGUGGUAAUAAGGAUAGCGAGAAGGAGUGGAUGCCCGUCACCAAGCUCGGUCGUCUCGUUAAGGCUGGCAAGAUCAAGAGCAUGGAGGAGAUCUACCUACACUCUCUCCCUAUCAAGGAGUACCAGAUCGUCGACUUUUUCCUACCCAAGCUUAAGGAUGAAGUCAUGAAGAUCAAGCCCGUCCAGAAGCAGACCCGUGCCGGUCAGCGAACCCGAUUCAAGGCCAUCGUCAUCAUUGGUGACUCCGAGGGUCACGUCGGUCUCGGUAUCAAAACCUCCAAGGAAGUCGCUACCGCCAUCCGAGCCGCUAUCAUCAUCGCUAAGCUCAGCGUUAUCCCCGUCCGACGUGGUUAUUGGGGUACCAACCUUGGUCUUCCUCACUCUCUGCCCGUCAAGGAGAGCGGAAAGUGUGGUUCCGUCACAGUCCGACUUAUCCCCGCUCCCCGUGGUACCCAGAUCGUCGCGUCCCCCGCCGUCAAGCGUCUCCUACAACUUGCCGGUAUCGAGGAUGCCUACACUUCGUCAUCCGGUUCGACCAAGACUCUUGAGAACACCCUAAAGGCCACAUUCGCCGCUAUCUCCAACACAUACGGUUUCUUGACACCCAACCUAUGGUCCGAGACGAAGUUGAUCCGAAGCCCGUUGGAGGAGUACGCGGACACCCUUCGGGAAGGAAAGAGAUACUAA